AUGCACACCCACGUCCACGUAUCAGUUUUUCGAAAUGCUCUCGGUAGGCGUUCGAGCACAACACCCUGUUCUACCAUGAAUUUCGAGGAAGCUGAAGACAUCAACGGUGUUCGCUUCUCGUGGAAUACGUUCCCAUCAACCAAAGUUGAAGCGGGAAAGACCGUGGUGCCAAUAGGAUCGUUAUUUACUCCAUUGAAGUUUAGACAAGAUCUACCAGUCGCUGAUUAUGAUCCUCAUUUCUGUUUGAAUCAAAAUUGUAGAAGUGUGUUGAAUCCAUACUGCUCGGUGGACCCAUCAGGAUCAUGGAUUUGUCCAUUGUGUGGAACAAGAUGUCCCUUACCUCCUCAUUAUCAGGGCAUAACCCAGGACAAUUUGCCCAUCGAAUUGAACCCGGCAUCUUCCACCAUUGAAUAUAUCACGGCUCGUCCUGUUCCCAACCCUCCCAUCUUUCUCUUUGUGAUUGAUACUUGUCAAGAUGAUGAUACUUUGCAAGCGUUGAAAGAUACGUUGAUUGUUUCAUUGUCUUUGUUCCCACCCAACGCGUUAAUUGGGUUAAUUACUUAUGGUGCCAUGGUUCAAGUCCAUGACUUGGGAUCGGAAUCGAUUAAAAAAUCGUAUAUUUUCCGUGGUGAUAGGGCUUACGAUGAAAAACAAAUCAAUGACAUGUUGAAUAAACCAGUGUUGACUCCUCAGGGUACCCCUCAGUUUGCUAAUUCGUUAUUCCGCUUCUUGUUGCCAAUCGAAGAAGUCGAAUACCAACUUACUGAUAUCUUGGAGAAUUUGACUCGAGACCCUUGGCCCGUGGCUAAUGGUGAUCGUCCAUUGAGAUCUGCCGGUUCUGCGUUGAACAUCGCCUCCAAUUUGUUGGGACUCACCUACGCUGGCUUUGGUGGUCGCAUUAUGCUUUUCGCCGCCGGUCCAUGUACCCUCAAUCCAGGUAUGAUAGUGGGUCCUAAGUUGAAAGAGCCCAAACGGUCUCAUUCUGACAUUGACAAGGACAAUGCCAAACAUUACAAAAAGGCAAUGAAAUUCUACGAUGGAAUCGCUGCUAAAACCGUGAAAAAUGGUCAUACCAUUGACAUCUUUGCCGGUUGUCUCGAUGAAAUCGGAAUGUUGGAAAUGAAGAGCUUAUGUCACCAGACUGGUGGAUGCAUGGUAUACUCCGAUGCUUUUACCACUUCCAUCUUCAAGCAGUCCUUUUUGAGAUUAUUCAACAAGGAUAAUGACGGGUACUUGUUAAUGGGCUUCAAUGGUACAUUAGACAUCAAAUGCUCGCGUGAACUCAAGGUCAGUGGAUUAAUUGGACAUGCCUCGUCUCUCCACAUCAAAUCGCCCAACGUUUCUGAAAACGAGGUGGGAGUUGGUGGAACCUCGCAAUACAAGCUUUGUUCAGUCACACCCCAGCAUACCUAUGCUAUCUUUUUUGACGUUGCCAACACUCUGCCAUUACCACCAAACGCACAGUCGUACAUACAAUUCAUCACCCAUUACCAGCAUGCAUCCGGAACAUAUCGUUUGAGAGUAACUACAGUAUCCAACAUCUUGACUGGUGAUGAGCAGGUACUAACUCAGUCGUUUGACCAGGAGGCAGCAGCUGUUUUGAUGUCUCGAAUCACAUUAUUCAAAUCUGAACAAGAUGAUGGCGCUGAUGUUUUACGUUGGGUCGAUAGGAUGCUUAUCAGACUUUGCCAAAAGUUUGCCGACUAUAGAAAAGACUUAGACGAAACAUUCAGAUUGGGACCUCAGUUUUCAUUGUUCCCUCAAUUUAUCUACUACUUGAGAAGAUCCCAAUUUUUACAGGUGUUCAACAACUCGCCCGAUGAAACAGCAUUUUACAGACAUGUUUUGAUGACUGAAGAUUGUAACAAUUCGCUUAUAAUGAUCCAGCCUACAUUGACAUCGUUUUCUUUGGAUAGCGAACCUGAACCUGUGUUAUUGGAUUCUGUAUCUAUCAAGGAUGAUCGAAUUCUUCUUCUCGACACAUUCUUCCAUAUCUUAAUUUUCCAUGGUAAGACCAUUGCGGAAUGGCGUAAGGCAGGAUAUCAGGAUCAGGAAGAAUAUGCCAAUUUGAAACAAUUGUUAGAGGAACCAAAGCAAGAGGCGGCUGAGUUGUUAGUGGACCGUUUCCCCUUGCCCAGGUUCAUUGAUACUGAGGAGGGUGGAUCGCAGGCGAGAUUCUUGUACUCCAAGUUGAACCCAAGUACCACGUACAAUAAUCAAAGUGCAAUCGGUGCCAAUGGUGCGGUGGUGUUGACUGACGACGUUUCCUUGCAGGUAUUUAUGUCACACUUACAAAAGUUGGUUGUUUCGGGUUCUACCUGA